AUGAAGCGCCUCCCGCGCGGCGAGCCACUGCCCGAGCGCCUGCUGCGCGCGCUGCGCCACCUCGACAGCCGCGCGGCGGCCCUGCUGCUGAAGGACCUCUCCAAGGCCGGCCUGGACGAGCGCGCGAUCGAGCUGUUCGACUGGCUGCGCGCGCUGCCCGAGCGCCACGUGCUGCGCGCGCUGUGCGACGUCUACACCUACACUGCGAUGAUCAGCCUCUGCAUCUACCAGCAGAACGUGGACCGCGCCAUGGAGCUGCUGGCAGAGAUGCGGGCGCGCGGGGUUGAGCGGAACGUGCACACCUACACAGCGCUCAUGAACGUCUGCAUUAAGUGCGGCAAGAUGGCGGCGGCGCUGGACAUCUUCAACAACAUGCGAGCCGAGCGCUGCACGCCCAACGUGGUGACGUACAACACUCUCAUAGACGUCUGCGGCAAGCUGGGGCAGUGGGACCGCGCGCUGGGCGUGAUCAAGCUGAUGCGCAGCGAG